UACUACUGGUCACCAAACAUGAAGCUUGGCGGGUUUGCCCUCAAGAAGGGCAAGAAGAAGGCGCUGGGGGCGUCUGCAGGCUUCUUAGCGUCCGUUACAACCGCUUCCCAGUCGCCCGAGAAGGUAUUCGUGACAGACUUCGAUCCACAUGCGCCAACAACGCUCACGGAGCACGGUACAAAGCCCCUGGUCAUUCCCUUAUUGGAGACCAACGCCUGGAGCGAUGCCACACAGGACCCAAACGACGAUAAAAUAGGUGCGUCAACCGAUAAAAUAGGCACUUCAGAGGACGAGCAAGCAGCGGCCCAGAUCCUUGCUGAGACGCAGGCAGCUAAAAGGACUCAAAUCUGCGGUAAGGACCUGGUGAUCCCCGUCGAGAGACAGAAAAAACGCGCCGAGCUGUUCCAGGACGGCGACAAGAGACCCAAAAAUGGCCAGAAGAAGCCCAUUUUACAGCAGAAUGCGGUCCCGGGUCUCGAUGAGCUGCAGGACGUCGCAGACAAGUAUCGGCACGAUGUGGCGCUGCGCCCCGAGGCCCCAGACGUUCACAGUGACGUGUACGAGUCGGUUCCCGUUGAAGCCUUUGGCGCGGCACUGCUCAGGGGGAUGGGCUGGGCAGGAGACGUGAAUCCAGAGGAUAUGGGCGCCGUCCCGCAGCCAAGACACAAACUACUGGGACUGGGGGCGACCAAGAGACCGACUUUGCCUGGAGAGGACAAAAAGAAGAGGAAGAAGAGGAAACAGGAGCCCAAGGACGAGGACAGACGCUCCGGACUCAAUACGGACACAUCCCAACGAGAAGACGAGAAGCGUAGACGCAGCCAAUCGGGGGAUAGGGACCGUCGACGGCGCAGUCGCAGCCAGGACCGCCGGAAACGAAGUCGAAGUCCAGACCGCGAUCGUGGUCGACACAGAAGUCGGGGACGUGAUCGCGACCGAGAGGACCGAAGCUACAGAAGUCGGGACCGAGAGCGCGAUAGACGCAGCCGCAGUUGGGAUCGACACAGCCGUAGACGGUAA